AUAAAGUCGCGUAGAGGCCGGGUCUCAGCAUUUACGUCCACAGUGUGUCGGACUGGCGCUUAAAUGCCAGGUCCAGAUAUAACUAUCCCAGCCGACACAGAUGGUAGGACAUAUGCUGGGAAUAGAGACCCGCCCGGCCAAGCUAGUUUUUACAUACCAUCAGGUGACACAUGGAAGGAAGCAUACCGAACAUCAACCUACGCAAGGUUUCCCGAAUCUCCAGUCUUUUCAAUCCACCUAUCAGCCUCUGGAUUUUAUUAUACUGGAUUUAAAGAUAGAGUGAAAUGCUUCAGCUGUGGACUUUGUGUAGAGAACUGGAUAAUUGGGGACGAUCCAAGAGAGAAGAUAUGGCACAAGAGUGAUUGUGAAUUUGCCAAUGGUGCAGACACACGAAAUAUUCCGUUGCCAAAUCUUUUUUCACAUUUUCGUUCGAUUUCACCAAGAAGAAAUGUAUCUCCGAGUCCAGCUGGUCCGCGUUCGUCAAAUGCCAAUCCACACGGUCAAGUAAACCACACUCCAAAUCACAGCACGCCAAAUGUUUGCAACCAAUCGAGCGAAGUUCAGAUAAGUACCCAGGAAACAAGGCACCAACUUUACCCCUGUACAUCUCCCGUUAACCCCCACAUGACUUCAGUUGUCAGUCGUUUAGAAUCUUUCAAACCUCGCAAUGGAAUUCGAUGGCCGUCAGAACGUUUGAGAGCUACAAUUGAUCAACUAGUUAAUGCAGGAUUUUUUUAUCUCGGCGAACGAGAUCGUGUAAAGUGUUGGUAUUGCAAUGGUGGACUUCAAAAUUGGGAUUAUGACGACGAGCCAUUUGAAGAACAUGCAAAAUGGUUUCCAAGUUGUGAGUACGUCUUGCGAAUUAAAGGGCCAGCCUUUGUUCGAGAUGUCGUUGCACGAUUUCCGGAUAUUGAUCGACCGGCACCAAUAACGUUCACCAGACCGCAGCAACAAAACGAAGCGGUGGAUAUUCCUCCUCCUUUUACAACGCCGUCUAGGGGUAAUGGAUCAUCCCCAAGCGGGGUAGCUGAUGCUGUGGAGCACGCAAUGCAAAGCCUGCAAUAUGUGAAACAAGCACGGGAAAUUGGGUUUGCGGAAAAUCUAAUCAAGGAUGUACUGACUAGGAAAUACCAAUCGAAUGGCCAAUUUUUCACAAACCAGGAAGAGUUCAUGGAUGCGUUGAUCACAUAUCAAACCGACACAGAUGGUAGGACAUAUGCUGGGAAUAGAGACCCGCCCGGCCAAGCUAGUUUUUACAUACCAUCAGGUGACACAUGGAAGGAAGCAUACCGAACAUCAACCUACGCAAGGUUUCCCGAAUCUCCAGUCUUUCCAAUCCACCUAUCAGCCUCUGGAUUUUAUUAUACUGGAUUUAAAGAUAGAGUGAAAUGCUUCAGCUGUGGACUUUGUGUAGAGAACUGGAUAAUUGGGGACGAUCCAAGAGAGAAGAUAUGGCACAAGAGUGAUUGUGAAUUUGCCAAUGGUGCAGACACACGAAAUAUUCCGUUGCCAAAUCUUUUUUCACAUUUUCGUUCGAUUUCACCAAGAAGAAAUGUAUCUCCGAGUCCAGCUGGUCCGCGUUCGUCAAAUGCCAAUCCACACGGUCAAGUAAACCACACUCCAAAUCACAGCACGCCAAAUGUUUGCAACCAAUCGAGCGAAGUUCAGAUAAGUACCCAGGAAACAAGGCACCAACUUUACCCCUGUACAUCUCCCGUUAACCCCCACAUGACUUCAGUUGUCAGUCGUUUAGAAUCUUUCAAACCUCGCAAUGGAAUUCGAUGGCCGUCAGAACGUUUGAGAGCUACAAUUGAUCAACUAGUUAAUGCAGGAUUUUUUUAUCUCGGCGAACGAGAUCGUGUAAAGUGUUGGUAUUGCAAUGGUGGACUUCAAAAUUGGGAUUAUGACGACGAGCCAUUUGAAGAACAUGCAAAAUGGUUUCCAAGUUGUGAGUACGUCUUGCGAAUUAAAGGGCCAGCCUUUGUUCGAGAUGUCGUUGCACGAUUUCCGGAUAUUGAUCGACCGGCACCAAUAACGUUCACCAGACCGCAGCAACAAAACGAAGCGGUGGAUAUUCCUCCUCCUUUUACAACGCCGUCUAGUGGUAAUGGAUCAUCCCCAAGCGGGGUAGCUGAUGCUGUGGAGCACGCAAUGCAAAGCCUGCAAUAUGUGAAACAAGCACGGGAAAUUGGGUUUGCGGAAAAUCUAAUCAAGGAUGUACUGACUAGGAAAUACCAAUCGAAUGGCCAAUUUUUCACAAACCAGGAAGAGUUCAUGGAUGCGUUGAUCACAUAUCAAAGUGAUACUAAUGUUUUACCCACAGCGCCGGCAUUGAACGAAAAUACAUCAUUACCUUCUAACGAACAAACGAGCGAGACCAGCAACAACACUUUCUCCGAACUUCGAAAGCUGGAGGAGGCUAGAUUAUGCAAAAUUUGUAGGCGAGAGCCAUCCAGUGUGGUAAUCAUUCCAUGUGGGCAUCUUUCGGUGUGUAAUAACUGCGUUGGGGGGUUGAGAAAAUGUCCCAUCUGUAGUCGAGCCGUGCAAGAUACAAUAAAAACAUUUAGAGCUUAAAUUGGUAUUAUAAUCAACAUUUUAUCUUAUCAUUAUCUGUUAUUCGUAAUUUUUAUUUUAUUUUUCAUUUGAAACAAAUAACUCUAGCUUAAAUUUCUUUAUUAUUGUACCAAUUUUGUGUAUUUAACAUAUUUAUCAGUAAUAAUAUUUUAGCUAAAGUGUUGGCUAUGUUUGUUGAUCAAUUAUAAAAAAAUUGUGUAUUUUGUGGGUUAUUUUUAGUUUCAUGUGCAAAUAGGUAAUUAAAGUUUAUCCAAUAUUGUUAGACGAAAUUCAAGAUCAUGAAAGACUUUUUUGAUUCUUAAUUUUUUUUUUUUUAUGUGUGUCAUUGUAUGUUGUUUUGUUUUUAUUUACAUAUUCUUUUAUUUCUGUCCAUUUCGGAAAGUUUAUUAUUUCUGUGUUUGCAAUCCCUUUCUCCGGACAGAUUUCAUUUUCGUUUUCACUAUUCAUAUAAUAUAUUCACUAUAUUUCUUUAUA